AUGUUAUUUAAGAUAACCGUCCUAGGUGACGGUGGUGUAGGUAAAACAGCUUUGACGGUGCAGUUCACCAUGUCUUCGUUUGUCGAAACAUACGACCCUACGAUAGAAGAUUGUUAUAGGAAACAAUGGGUCGUAGAUGAUCAGCCUUGUUUAUUAGAAGUUUUAGAUACAGCUGGACAAGAGGAAUAUACUGCAUUAAGGGAUCAGUGGAUUCGUGACGGUGAAGGUUUCCUGAUAGUAUACUCCAUAACCUCCCGAGCUACAUUCGAGCGAAUCGAACGUAUAGUCGAACGAGUGUUACGAGUCAAAGAUGAGAAUCACAUUUCACCUUAUUCACAUCAUUAUCCCCAAUCGCAUCCUUAUGGUUCACACGCCGGCCAAGGUCAGUAUCAGUACCCCCAGUCGGGUGGUGGAGGUGGAUCAAAGAGGAUACCAAUAGUGAUUGUCGGAAAUAAGAAAGAUCAAUAUCAUUCUAGAGAAGUAUCGACAGAUGAAGGUUCGAAUCUUGCUCGAUCCUUGGGAUGCGAUUUCUACGAAGCGUCGGCAAAGACUAAUUCGAAUGUCGAAAAUGCCUUUAAGAGUUUGGUGAGACAGAUUAAGAUUAAUAAGAGGGGAGGAACGGGACAAGGUGGUGGAUUACAGGAUAGUGGGAUAGGAGGUGGGGGAAGGAAAAAGAAACAGAAGUGUGUUAUAUUGUAG